CGGGCGCGCGACGGUCAUGUGAUUUCAGCAUGGCUGUAUUCGCGGAUUUAGACCUGCGAGCGGGUUCCGACCUGAAGGCGCUUCGCUCGUUGGUAGAGAACGCCGCUCACCUUGGCUAUUCAGUUGUUGCCAUCAAUCAUGUUGUUGAAUUUAAGGAAAAGAAACAGGAAAUUGAAAAACCAGUAGCUAUUUCUGAACUCUUUACAACUUUGCCAGUUGUACAGGGAAAAUCAAGACCGAUCAAAGUUUUAACUAGACUGACGAUUAUCGUUUCGGAUCCAUCUCACUGCAAUGUUUUGAGAGCAACGUCUUCAAGGGUCCGGCUGUAUGAUAUCAUUGCAGUUUUUCCAAAGACAGAAAAACUUUUUCAUGUUGCUUGUACACAUUUAGAUGUGGAUUUAGUCUGCAUAACUGUAACAGAGAAACUACCAUUUUACUUCAAAAGACCCCCUAUUAAUGUGGCAAUCGACCGAGGCGUGGGCUUUGAACUCAUCUACAGCCCUGCUAUCAAAGAUUCCACAAUGAGAAGGUACACAAUUUCCAAUGCCCUCAAUUUGAUGCAGGUCUGCAAAGGAAAGAAUGUGAUUCUAUCUAGUGCUGCAGAGAGGCCUUUAGAAAUAAGAGGCCCAUACGAUGUGGCAAACUUAGGACUGCUGUUUGGGCUGUCCGAAAGUGACGCCAAGGCCGCCGUGUCCACCAACUGCCGAGCAGUGCUUCUACAUGGAGGUGCUUAUCCUGUUGUUCAGAAUAAGUGGGUAUGAUGGCUGGUCCUCAAUGAAGAGUGGCAGGUGCCGCUUCCAAGGAACCUGACAUAAUGGAAAAUUGGGCAACGACGAUUGAUCCAGAAAAAUGCUCAGUAAACAUGAAGAUGCUGAACUUUUUUUAGUAAUUGGGGAAAAAACACCAAAAGUGGAUCUUUUGCUGAUCAGGUUGGAAGAUAAAAGAUUUUAAAAAUGAGAAUUCUCAUGAUUUGGGGGAAAGGCAAUAACAUAAUAGAAGGGGUAUAAUUUGAUAACCUUACAGAGUCUUCUGUGAUGUGUUUCUUCAGAAAUAGCUGGUUGGGUAUAAAGGGUAGUGGGUAAGGAUAUUCAUUGCAACAAUGUCUAAAAUAAUUGGAAAAUGGAAACCCAAAUGCCCAAUAAUGGGACUAAAUGUUCCAUUAUAAAUUGAAACAUAAGUGCCAUUUAUGAGGAUGUCUAGAAUAACUUGUUCAAUUGAAAACAAAGUUAACAAAACUAAAUGUAUAGUGCCUAUAUGCAAUGUGCACAGAAAUAAUCAGUACCAUGAAAUGAUUAUUGGGGACGUUGCUUCCUUCCUUAUUCAUUCCUGUGAUUGGCUUAAUACUUGGUGAG